ACAAGUCGUGUGCGGCGGUUGUAGCGUGUCUGGAGGCUCGGAUCUAGCCGGUGACUACGGUGGAAAAAUGGCCGAUACGCUGGCACUUUUCACUUCCAUUGGGCUCAGUGAGCAGAAAGCGAAAGAAACGCUGAAAAAUGAAGCGCUGAGUUCUGCCCUGAAAGACGCGAUUAUUCAGGCCCAGCGUGUCCGUGGGGCAUCAGGAGUGGACAAAGCCAUGGGUACUUUGCUGUACAGUAUGGCAUCUCGCCUUAAAGACACCAAACGCCUGGCUUUCCUGUCAGACAACAUAGUUCAGAGCAAAAUCUGCACAGAGCUACAGCUGGCAGCUGCACUGGAAUUUGUGAAGAGUCACCCUCAGGAUCCCAUCAAUCAGAAGGAGUUUGAAGAAGCAUGUGGAGUGGGUGUGGCCAUCACCCCGGAGCAAAUUGAAGAUGCAGUGGAGACGGUGAUCAAGAAGCACAAGGACCAGCUGUUAAAGGAGAGGUACCGCUUCAACAUGGGACUGCUAAUGGGAGAGGCACGUUCUGCCCUAAAAUGGGCUGAUGGAAAGGUCAUCAAGAAUGAGGUGGACAUGCAGGUCCUGCAUCUCUUAGGACCCAAGACAGAGGCUGACCUGGAGAAGAAACCUAAGCCCCAGAAGGCUAAAGUGGCAGAUAACGACGUUAAGGUGAAGAAAGCAGAGGUGGCAGUGAAUGGUGAUGCGAUGAGUGGUGAGGGAAAGUCACUGAUGGAGCAGCUCAGAGGAGAGGCGGUGAAGUUCCAUAAAACAGGAGAAAACUAUAAAACUGAGGGCUACGUGGUCACACCAAAGACAAUGGACUUGCUUAAAAAGCACCUGGAGCUCACUGGUGGACAGAUACGUACUCGUUUUCCUCCAGAGCCCAACGGCAUCCUUCACAUUGGACACGCCAAAGCUAUCAACUUCAAUUUCGGCUAUGCUAAGGCAAACAAUGGAAUUUGCUUCUUGAGGUAUGAUGACACAAACCCAGAGAAAGAGGAGGAAAAAUACUUCACUGCUAUCAAGGACAUGGUGGAGUGGCUCGGCUACGAACCUUAUGAUGUCACGCACGCAUCCGACAACUUUCAGCAGCUCUACGACCUCGCUGUGGAUCUCAUUCGCAGGGGUCACGCGUACGUGUGCCACCAGAAAGGGGAGGAGCUGAAGGGCCACAACGCUCCUCCAUCACCCUGGAGAGACCGACCGGCUGAGGAGUCGCUGGUGUUGUUUGAGAGGAUGAAGAAGGGGCUGUUUGCUGAGGGAGAGGCCACGCUGAGGAUGAAGAUGGUCAUGGAAGACGGGAAGAUGGACCCGGUGGCGUACCGGAUCAAAUACACGGCGCAUCAUCGGACGGGAGACGAAUGGUGCAUCUACCCCACCUAUGACUACACCCACUGUCUGUGUGACUCUAUUGAAAAUAUCACACACUCACUCUGUACCAAAGAGUUUCAGGCCAGGCGUUCAUCCUAUUACUGGCUGUGUAACGCUCUGGAUGUGUACUGCCCUGUGCAGUGGGAGUAUGGCCGCUUGAACCUCACCUACACUGUUGUGUCAAAGAGGAAAAUCAUCAAGCUGGUAGAGACGGGCGUUGUCAGAGACUGGGACGAUCCCCGACUCUUCACUCUGACUGCGCUGAGAAGACGAGGCUUCCCACCAGAGGCAAUUAACAACUUCUGUGCACGGGUUGGAGUCACAGUUUCUCAGACCACGACAGAGCCCCACCUCCUGGAGUCGUGUGUGAGGGACGUGCUGAACGACACGGCGCCCAGAGCCAUGGCCGUGCUGGAGCCACUCAAAGUCACCAUAACUAACCUCCCUGACAACUCAAAGUCAGAUGUUCGGGUGCCAGACUUUCCUGCCAACGAGGCCAAGGGCAGCCACACCGUCCCACUGACACGCACAGUCUUCAUUGAACAGGCUGACUUCAGAGAGGUUAUGGAGAAGGGCUACAAGCGUCUGACCCCAGACCAGCCUGUAGGUCUCAGACAUGCUGGGUAUGUCAUCUCCGUCCAGAGAGUCAUCAAGGACGCUCAGGGUAAAGUGGUUGAACUCGAGGUGACCUGCUGCAAUUCUGAGACCGCAGAGAAACCAAAGGCCUUCAUCCACUGGGUCAGCCAGCCAUUGGUGUGUGAAGUGCGCCUUUAUGAAAGACUAUUCCUGCACAAACACCCAGAGGAUCCAUCUGAAGUGCCCAAUGGCUUCCUGAGUGACAUCAACCCUAAUUCCCUGCAUGUGAUCAGCGGUGCCUUGGUGGAUACUUCAGUGAAAGGAGCAAAGAGUUUAGACAAAUUCCAGUUUGAGAGAGUUGGCUACUUCUCCCUGGACCCCGACAGCACCGCAGAAAAGCUCAUCUUCAACAGGACGGUUACCCUCAAAGAAGACCCGGGAAAGAUCUGAUGGACUGAGAUCAAGUCGCACUUCUUGCUUCCCAUGAGCCCACAGAUACAUGUCCAAAUUGUUUGCAUCACUUAAUGUGUAAUACCAGCAAGGGCCCAGACUGCUCAGGCUGAGAUCAACUCAAAUCAGAUACUGUAAUAAUUACAUGUCCAUCAUUUUUAAACUGCAGUUCUGUGGACCUGUCUCACUGGAAUGAAAAAAUAUAAUUACUGCAGUAUCACUUUGGUUAAUCUCAACCUUGGUCGCUGAGUGCCAGAGAUCUUUUGACUCUUUUUCUACAUCUGCUGCAAUAAUAUGCACUUACAAUGUUUCUUCUUUGUUGAAUGUAUGCAACUUUGAUCAUUGUUCAACGAGUACCUCAUGUAUGUUAAUUCAGGCUCUAGCUGGUGUUACACUGAGGAGAUGCUCUCAAAUGCCAUACAUGACUUUCUUAUACAAGUGGUAGAUCACUGCCAAACAUGUAUGAUUGUUUUUUAAGACUCAGAGGGAUGAACAUGUGUCCUUCUGACAGGAGACAUAAAGAAUAAAUAAUAUUAAAGAAA